CUAAAACACCACGGGACUACCUCUCUCUUCACUGAAAAAAACAAAACCUAGCCUCAGAUCCGGUUCACUGUUGGUUCGAGACCACGUGUCUGUCUCCUUCCCCCCCACCUGCCCCCGGCUGCAUUCUGGCAAUGGAGGACUGGGCGCGUGAGAGGAUCUACUGACAUCACAACUGCUAACAUGUCUGGUGCCUACGACGAGUCUGCUAGCCUGGAGGAGACCUCAGACAGUUUCUGGGAGGUGGGGAACUACAAGCGGUCGGUGAAACGUAUCGACGACGGCCACAGGCUCUGCAACGACCUGAUGAACUGCAUCCAAGAGCGGGCCAAGCUGGAGAAAGCCUACGCCCAGCAGCUGACCGAGUGGUCCAAGAGAUGGAGACAACUGGUCGACAAAGGUCCUCAGUACGGCACGGUGGAGCGCGCCUGGGUCUCGCUGAUGAACGAGGCGGAGAAGGUGAGCGAGCUUCACCAGGAGGUGAAGAACGGCCUGAUGGGCGAGGACUUUGAGAAGGUGAAGAACUGGCAGAAGGACUCCUACCACAAGCAGAUGAUGGGGGGCUUCAAGGAAACCAAAGAGGCGGAUGAGGGCUUCAAGAAGGUCCAGAAGCCUUGGGCCAAGAAGCUGAAGGAGCUGGAGGCUGCCAAGAAGUCGUACCAUGUGGCCUGCAAAGAGGAGAGGCUGGCCUCCACCAGGGAGACCAACGGCAAGACCGAGGGCUCCGUGAACGCCGACCAGCUGAAGAAACUUCACGAGAAAGUGGACAAGUGCAAAGUUGAUUCACAGAAGGCCAAGGAAAAGUACGAGAAGGUUCUGGACGAGCUCAACAAGUGCACGCCUCCGUACAUGGAGAACAUGGAGCAGGUCUUUGACCAGUGUCAGCAGUUUGAGGAGAAGAGGCUGAGCUUCCUCAGGGAAGUGCUGCUGGACGUCAAACGCCACCUCAACCUCACAGAGAACCAAAGUUACGCGUCAGUGUACCGGGAACUGGAACACACCAUCACCUCAGCCAGCCCUCAGGAAGACCUGCAAUGGUUCAGCAACAACCACGGUCCAGGCAUGCACAUGAACUGGCCGCAGUUUGAGGAGUACAACCCGGACCUGGCCCACAGCAUCACCAAGAAGGAAAAGUUCAAGAAAGGCAGUGAUGGCAUCAUGCUGACCAAUGUCACCACAGCCGUAGACCACGCUCAGGCUGCGGACCAGGGCAGUGUGAGCAGCUCCGAGAAGAACCAGGCCUACACGGCCUCCAACGAGUGGUCGGACGAGGACCAGACGGCGCCCAACUCCGCCAGCGACACCAACGGAGGCGCCAACCCCUUCGAGGAAGAGACGGGCGGGGGGGUGAGGGUGCGGGCGCUCUACGACUACGAGGGCCAGGAGCAGGACGAGCUCAGCUUCAGUGCGGGCGACGAGCUGACGAAGCUGGAGGACGAGGACGAGCAGGGCUGGUGCAAAGGUCGCCUUGACAACGGCCAGCUGGGUCUUUACCCGGCCAAUUACGUGGAGCCCGUCUAGCGGUCCUCCCCACUCCAGACCGGACUGAACCGUGAACGCACGUUGACUUGCUGGCCGUCCACCCCACGGAGCGACGCAUCAUGUGACUCCUGAUUCUGCAUUCCUACGUCAAACGCUCUUCAAGGUCAAAGGAGCUCCUCUGUAUAUAUAUUUUUUUUACCACCUGGAUGCUGUACGUGUUUACACCUCAUGGAACUAUUGACUCGACAGCAGGUAUUCAAGACCAGGUAUUCAAGACCGGUAUUCAAGACCAGGUAGGCUACAUGGUGUUAGCAUAGCAUCACAACUGCAAACAGAACCCAUGGACACACACAAAAAAAAUGUCAUUUUUACAUUUUCCAUGUACUGAAUACAUAAAAGGCUGUCAAGAA